AACCAGGAGGCUUGAACCUAAAAACUGCACCGCAUCAUUCUCCAUUACGAUUCACCGUGUUUUUAUCACAGUAACGCACAUCCCAAAAUGGCUCUUCGAAUGACCAGAAAUCGCUUGGCUUCUACCAGGACCGACCUCGGUGGGAAGGCCUGCUCGGUGACCGGGCCUUCACUGAAGCCUCGAGCGGCCCUCGGCGAAAUCGGAAACAUCGCAGCUAACAAAGAAGCACAGAAAAAGACUGUCAAGACAGAGGCUGUCAAGAAGACCAAAGUCACCACAAAAGUUGAAAAAGCAGCGGUUGUUGAACAACCAAAAAAUGUCGUUCCUGUUAACCCAAAGCCUGAGGUGCAGGUUCCACCUGAACCAGCAUCCCCUACUCCAAUGGAGACUUCGGGCUGUGAGCCUGCUGACCUCUGUCAAGCGUUUUCAGAUGUCAUUCUUAACACCGCCGUCAGGGACGUGGAUGCAGAGGACUACGACAACCCCAUGCUCUGCAGUGAAUAUGUGAAAGACAUCUACAAAUACCUCCGACAUCUUGAGGUUGAGCAAAACGUCAGGCCAGCCUUUCUGCAGGGCCAGGAGGUGACCGGUAACAUGCGGGCCAUUCUCAUAGACUGGCUUGUGCAAGUGAGCCUUAAGUUCCGUCUGCUACAGGAGACGAUGUACAUGACUGUGGCAAUCAUUGACCGUUUUCUUCAGGACCACCCAGUCCCCAAGAAGCAGCUGCAACUGGUUGGUGUGACUGCCAUGUUUCUUGCUUCCAAAUACGAGGAGAUGUAUCCCCCUGAGAUCUCAGACUUUGCCUACGUGACGGACAGGGCCUACACCACCGCCCAGAUCAGAGACAUGGAGAUGACAAUCCUCCGUGUGCUCAAGUUCAAACUGGGCCGUCCUCUUCCCCUGCAGUUCCUUAGAAGGGCCUCAAAAAUUUGCGAGGUAACUGCUGAGCUACACACUCUGGCAAAAUACCUCCUGGAGCUCACCAUGGUUGACUAUGAGAUGGUUCACUUCCCACCUUCCAUGGUGGCCAGUGCCGCUUUAGCCCUUGCCCUCAAAGUCUUAAAUGCUGGUGAAUGGGAUGUGACACUGCAGCACUACAUGGACUACACAGCAGAGAGUUUAAUUCCUGUGAUGGCACACAUUGCCAAGAAUGUUAUGAAAGUGAACGAUGGGCUGACCAAACACAUGGCUGUAAAAGGCAAAUACUCGACUUCAAAGCAGAUGAGGAUUGCCACCAUCUCACAGCUCAAGUCUUCUGUGGUGAAGGAUCUUGCAAAGCAGCUCACCCAGUGAGAUGAUCAAAUGUGUUGGCACCAUGUGCUGAUUUGUAAAAUUGUAACUUAAAUUUUUAACAUUGCUCAAGGGUCAGCAAACUAAGGACCAAGUCAGUGGUUUGCAUGUUUAACCAACUGAAACUCGGGUUACUUUUAACUGACCAUUUUCCGAAGAAUGCAACAGUUUUUAAUGUGUAAAAUGACUUGUACAGCAAUACUUAUUUACAUAUGCUUUUUUGUUAAAUGUGCUUUUUAUCUAUUAAAUGGUUCUGACCAGCAAUUUCCCCUUGUCACUAAUUGUGAUUGCCACUAGAGGCUGCUCUAAGCUUGCAGUUGCUUGCCUCAGUGCUUUCAGUUCAUUGUACAGUGUAUCAUGCUCCCCUUUGGAAGACAAUUAAUGCCACCUACUCACAAAUGGGUUUCCUACUAUAACUGCACAUUAGGUUUUUGAAAGGUGGACACACUUACCUAUCUAGACUGAAUUUCACAGCUUUUUUUUUUAAUAUUUGAACAUCUGUUUAGAAGUGUGGAGAAUGUAGGGGAGGGCUACAACUGCUUUUCAUUGUGCAUUGCAUGACAAACACCCUGAAUAAAA